AUGGCUUCAGAAAAUAAAUCAAUUCCUCGCCUCGAGAAGACUGCAAACUCGCAGCAGCUCAUCGUCAAUGGAAAGCCUUUUCUCAUCCUUGGGGCUGAGUUGCAAAACUCCUCCAUGACUUCGGCAGCAUACAUGGACACUGUGUGGCAGAAGCUAGUUGAUACCAAUAUCAACACUGUCCUUGGUUGCGUGACUUGGGAGGAUAUCGAGCCUACCGAAGGUCACUUUGAUUUCACUGAACUUGAUCAGGUUAUACUUGGUGCGCGGAAGCAUGGACUACAUCUCGUCCUGCUCUGGUUUGGAUCAUUCAAAAAUGGUAUUUCAACAUAUGCUCCUUCGUGGAUCAAGAAGGAUGUGAAGCGCUUCCCUAGAGCUCAUCUUCGCAAAGCCGGCGGUCUUUUAGAGACUUGCGACGUUGUAUCCAUCUUCCACGAAGAAGUUCUCAAAGCAGAUAUCAAAGCAUUCUCUGCCUUGAUGCGUCACGUUAAAGAGGCUGAUGAAGCUUAUUCCACGGUCAUUAUGGUGCAAGUCGAGAAUGAAAUCGGACUGCUCGGCGACUCGAGAGACGGUAGCUCAACUGCCAACAGGCGUUUCUCGGAACCUGUCCCUACCCCUUUCAUUCAGCAUCUAUCAACUAAAUGGGACACGCUGCAUGCCGAUCUCAAACGGAAUCUCCAGGUGUUUAAGACUCUUGCAAAGAGUUCUGGCUCCUGGGAAGUCGUGUUUGGCAAGAGUCAACAGACAGAUGAGCUCUUCAUGGCCUAUCAUUACGCGAUCUAUGUGGAAAAAGUAGCUGCCGCUGGGAAGAAAGAGUAUGCUCUCCCUCUUUACACGAACGUGUGGCAAAACUACGUCGGUGACGAUGGGGAUAAUGCUUUCCCCGUCGUCGCCGGAGGUGGUGGUGCACCGGGAGACUAUCCAUCUGGCGGCGGAGUCAGCAACGUCCUUGAUAUCUGGAGAGCAUUUGCUCCAUCACUCGAUUUCAUCGCCCCAGACAUCUAUCUUAACGACUACAGCUCAUCUUGUGUCAAAUAUCGCCACUUGGAUCAACCGCUCUUUAUCCCGGAACAACGACGAGACGAAUACGGCGCUCGCAGAAUCUGGAAGGCUUUUGGGAGCUACCAGGCAAUCGGUACCUCCCCAUUCGGCAUCGAUACCUUGAAACCAGAGACCAAUCCAUUUGCCAGGCAUUACGGACUUCUAGCUAGCGUCAAGAACAUCGUUCUCGAAGCUCACAGAAACCCGGGCUCCUCAGUCGGUUUCUUCUUCGACGAACUCCUCGAAGACGGACGUGACCCUUCUCCAUCGACCAUUGCCCGCUUCGGCGACUUCGAAGUCACAAUCGAGCGUUCCUUCGUCUUCGGCAAACCCGGUGCAGGUUCUGGGAUGCUGAUCCACCUCGGUGACGCCAAAUUCUUGCUGAUCGGAUGGGGCUUCCAAGCCCUAUUCAAAAAUCUAUCACCAAAGUCGACAUUUACAGGUAUCUUGAGCUUCACAGAGAAGAUCGUUGAUCCUGAGACAGGUAAGUUGACAACGGGGAGGAGGCUGAAUGGUGAUGAGACGCGUAGUGGGAAAUUCUGUAUCAUGCCGGAUGAGGAGCCGGAUUAUGGCGGCUUUCCGAUUUGUGUUACGAUUCCGGCGAGGACGAUGGUUGCGGAGAUUGAGGUGUACUCGUUGGAGGAGGAUAGUGGUGAUUUGUGA